UUCUGCAGAGCAAGUGGUGGCUGGAUUAACGCUUUUCCUUCGAAGCCACUCUUUCGUAGAUAUAAGCCCCGCACCACUAAGCCCUCCCGAGAUUAAGUGAGCUUAGCCCCCUUGCGCCAGAUGGCGCACUUUCCUGUCGAUCAGAUGGGGCUACGUUCCCCGCCCCUACUUACUAUCAUCCUAGUUUUCCUCAAAGACGUUCUGUCUCGCUUAUUCAGCUCUUCGCUGAUGUUGAGACAGAGAAGAGUGUUGGGGUUGGACACUCGCCAAGAUGAUAGCCAAGGAAUGAAUCGGAUGAUACGGCCGUCGCUUUAUCACUGUUUUUGGCAGUGGCUCUCGGCAAUGGGACACACGUGCUCGCAGACGAUAACUUAAAUAUUUGUGAAUUUCUUUGGACAUUUUACGAUAUCGUCUGCUUUUUUUUACUUAUUAAAAAAUUUUGAAUUAAUGACGUAACUAUUGGUUAGGAACAUGAGAAGUAGUUUUCGAAAUGGAACGUUCAAAAAAGGAACAUUUUUUGUUUUCUAUAACUGACACUAACAUUCCAUGACAUUGCGAUUCAAGAUAAGUUUGAACUUUUUUGUAAGACUUAUGAAAUUUCUGAUGAAGGGAACUUUUCUUUAGAAAGUGCUUACUUUAGAUAAAAGCGGUUUAAAAAGUUUCUUUUUGUAAACUUGAGUUUUUGAAAGAGCAAACUUGCAUACAAACCAUUGUCAUUAUACAAUUCUUAAAUAUUAAAUCAGUAAGCAUCUAAAAUAUUCUAAACGUACAUACGUUUCCAUUAAAUAAUUUUGUUUUGGAAAUUGAUUAAAGUCAUGUACAGAGAUUACCGAAAACGAUGUGAUUAAUGAAUUUCAAAGAGGCAAUUUUGAAAAUUAAACAAAUGUUGCACAUUAUACAUACAAUUUUAUCUGUCUAAUUCGCACAAUUUUAAAAAUUGUUCAUAAGUAAUAAUGUAAUAUUACUCUCAACUUUUAUAAAUAAAGGACAAAUAUUUAUGUAUACAUAAUUACCUGUUGUAUGCUCGUUUAUGUUUCUUAUUGAAUAUUUAAGUUGGCAUUCUCAAGUAAAUGUAAUCACAAACUCGUUGUUAUACAAGUAAAAAAGACCAUAGCAUCUGAUUAGAAAAAAAAUGAAGGAAUAAAACAGACGGAUAUGAAGCUAUGAGAUGAUAGUUGCAUGUUUGAUAUUAACUAACAAGGAAUUCAAUGCUCUUUUUAAUGUUUUCUGAAAGAAAUUAAACUGCAAUAUUCGAAAGUUGACUGUCAUUCAAGUUUACUAAAUUGACUAUUUUUCAAGUUUUUGUACUAAACUUCAAAUGUGCGAACAAUGGCUCAACAAUUAUUAGUUCUGGUUUCACUUGUAAUCAUGUUUGGUCUUUCAUUAGAGACUAAAGUUUCCAUUCCUGAAUCUCUACGAACAAAAACUGACCCACAAGAUCUUGAUAUAGAAUUGGAACUGCCAGCUCAGAAGUCUCCAAUAUUAGAAAAAAUGGUUGAUUUUGGGGAAUCAACCCGAGAAGUAACUAUGAACGAAAAUAAACAACAUAAUAAAGAAGAAAAGAAUGAAAGUAGAAGAGAUCCUAUUAUGAAAAAUUCGAUCCAAGACAAACAGUCAAAUUUCUUGGUGAUCGAAAAAAGUUUGGCAAAUAUGACAAAAGACUCUGGAGAAACAGUACGAAUGCGUUGUGAAGUUAAAGGAAAUCCCAUUCCUAAAAUCAGGUGGUACAAGAAUGAGGCACCCCUGGAACAAGAACGAGGAAAAAUUGAAGUUCGUAAAUACAAUCCUGAUGCUGGAAAAAUUGGUUCCAGGCUACGAAUAGUUGAUCUAGAUAUUCACGACACUGGUUAUUACAAAUGUGAAGCUACAAAUGAGUAUCAAACAGUAGAGACAACUGGAAUCCUAAUGGUUAAAGCAGGUCGCAUGCAUUCUCCUUCCAUAAUACCGAAUUUUCCUCCUCCAUUUCCACAUUUUCCAGCUUUAGGAGGCCGAUUGCCCGACUUUGAACAAAGUGAUCUGGGAUUCUGCCAACAAUACAGAGGAGUGGCAUGUUCGCAACUGAUUGGCAACAGAACAGUUUAUGUGAAAGCAUCCAUGACCCUUAACCAAAUGGAAGAAAAAUUAGCAGCAAUUUUUACGAUAUUAGCGACUGGUAGAGAAAUGAGUCCAGAAUGUCAUAAAUACGCUGUCCCUUUCUUUUGUUACGUCAUGUUCCCGCCAUGCGACGAUACCAUACCCUAUCCAGUACCAAGACACGUGUGCCGAGAUGACUGCGACACUCUGGAAGCUUCAACUUGCAAAGAAGAAAUGGCCUCUGCUAGGAAACAUCCACUGCUGGCCAAUCAAGAUCUUGUUCCAGAAUGUGAGGAAUUACCCUCGCCUAAUCAUCAAGAAAUAUCUGGUACUUUCAUCAUAGGAAAGGAUAAUCAAGGCAACUGCAUCAAUCUUAAUGUUCCUAGCGUCAUUCAAGUAGAUCAUGCUGAUUCAUUUUGAAUUCCUUAUAUAUUAUUCCAACUACUGAUAUGUUGUGUAUUGAGGGACUCUAGAACAAAACAUCGAGUCCCUUCUCAAUUAUUUUGCCAUUAUCAUUCCCCAGAUUGUGCUAUAACAAGUGCUAAUUAUCUCUUUCUGUUUUGAUGAAAGCCAGAUUGGACAGCAGUCGGAAAAAAGUGUUGAUUUGGAUGUCAUCUUUUCUUCGUGAUUAUUCUUCUUUUUUGUCGCAAAUAAAUAUUUCAUAAGAGAUAUAAUACUUCACAAAUUAGUUUGUAUAAUUAGAAUAAUUUAGAAAAUUAUGACAAUAACAAAAUUUUCUGU